CCGGCCAAGAGGCGUCUUCUCCGUGAUCACUCUCAACACGAGACGAUAAUACCAGGGCAGCUCUUUCAUUUCCUUCGCGCCCUCACCCGGGGAAGGCCGCAACCCCGCCCCCGGCACCGCCACCGCCACCGCCAAAACACCCACCCACCAGACCCAACACGCACGCAAGCGCCCACGGCGGCAUCUAAACACAGAGCCGAGAGACUGCCGUCACUUGCGAAAGAACGGUCGUGGAGUGGAGCUGCGGACUAAGCCGAGCUCAGCUAGCCACCCAUGGGGAUGGGGCUCGACCUGCUGGUGGCGUUCGCGGUGGCAAGGGUCUUCGCGCAGCUGUCCCACGUCUCGUCGCCGCUGCGGUGGCCGCUCAACCCCUGGCUGCGGCUCGCCCGCCACCUCCCGGAGGCCUGCGCCGUCGUCCGCCGCGUGCUCACCGCCUACCUCUCCUGGCUGCGCCUUGCCUACGCGCGCGGCGGCACUGUCUGGGGCCGCCGAAGCCGCGACAACGACGACGUCUUCCGCCAGGCGCUGCUCGAAGUCUCUUACUGACCGAGUUGCAAGGCAGAGCGCCGCGCGGUGGUGGCGCUCGCUGCUUCCAUUGCCUUGGCUUAGGAAUUCAUUAGGACGCUGUUUCAGCUUAUUAUUCUCUUUGUUUCUUGUGCAUUUGUCUUUUUUUUUACCGAGAUGUGUGGUUUAGGAAUAAUCUGCAGUGGUAAUAUUUUUUGAUAUGUAUAAAAAGCAUAGUUUUAAAUA